AUGGAAGAUUUUAGUGAUGACGAUAUAAAUUACAUUAUUGCUAAACUAGGUGAAGACUGUUCAAGGUCUUUCUUUGAUAAUUAUUUAAAUGACUCCUAACUUUUAGGAGUUAAAUGUAUUAGUUUAUUAAAUCAUUUAGUGGAUGCAUAAUUGAUUAAAUAAAUUAGAGACAAAGAAGAACAAAUGAAAACAAUGCUUGAUUUACUAAGUACUUAGCAUAAAAAAAUUUAGCUUACAUUUUUAACAAAUAGCAAAAAAUUCUUGCUGAUUAUGAAGAUCUAAAAAUUUAAGGCGAUCACAACGUUUUGGUUUUAAAAUAAGAAAUUUAAUAAAGUUAAUAUUAAAUAGAGCAGCUCUAGGUAAAUAUACAAUUCAAUGAUAGGCCUUGAAUGAUGAAAAUUAAGAAAAAAACAAAUAAUUUCUUGACCAAAUAGAAGAAUUAGAGAAUCAGCUAUAAUAAAAGAAAUCUGAGAUAUAGUAGAUGUAAUAGAAUGAAGGAAGAAUAAAUUAAAACCAUUAUGUAAAUAAUAUCUUUUAUUAAAAGGCACAUGAAUUAAAAUCUUAAGAAUAAAAAGAGCAAUUAUAAAGCCUUUAAAAUAAAGUAAAACAGCUGGAAGAAAACAACAGCAAAUUUAAAAGCGAAGCUAUAUCUUCAGCUAAUUUAAUAAGAUAAUACGAAAUGAAAUAAAAAGAUUAUGAGGAUAAAUUUGAAAUUUUAGAAUUGCAAUUAAAAAGUAGUCAAAUUAUUAAAAUUAGAUAAUUAGAGAGAAAAAGAGAAAUUGUCUAGAUAAUAUGAGGAACUAUUCAAGAAAUAAUAAUCAGAAAUUAUUAUAUCAACAUAAAUAAAUUUAAAUAAUAAUUUUGUUCAUAAUUCACCUUCAAAAUCAACUAAAAAAAAUACUAAUUAUUCUAACAAUACCAAUAUUGAAACCAUAUAAAAAUUAAGAAGAUAGAGUGGUUUUUUGAACUAACCAAAAUUAGAAUAAAUUUAAAAAUAAAUUAAGGAUAAUAUACCUGAAUUUGAAAGUGAAUCCGAGGAGGAAAAUUAAUUAAAUGGAGCAAAUACCUUAAAAUAAGAAAAGAAUGAGAAAAAAAACAUUUAAAGAGAGUUAAAUAAUUUAAAAUAAAAAAUUUAAGAACUAGAAAAAUAAAAAGAAGCUAUGGAAAAAGAAUUGACUUAAAACAAAGAAGUAAUAUCCAACAAUGAUAGUAAAAUUAGACAAUUAGAAACAAAUUAAAAGAAGAUGAAUCUCAAAACAAGUUAAUUAGAGAAAAAAGUUACAAAUUUAACGGAAGGUAUAUUUGAUUUUAAAAUAAAUCUUAGAAAAAAAUACUUUAGAAGAAUCAUAUAAGCAAGAGAAAUAAUUAGAAUAAGAUCAGGUAAAAAAGCAAAUCGAAGAUUUUUUAUAAAAGUUAAAGAUUUUAUAAAAUGAAAAUCAACAAUAAAGUUCUUAAUUAAAAUAAUUAAUCUAAUAUAGAACAAAAUAUAAUGAAACAAGCUUAUGUAAACACUUAUUAUAAAUAGAUUUUUACAGAAAACCUUAAAAAUGAAGAAGAAAUGGAAGUUUGUUUGAGGAAUCUUGAGUCUGCAGCAACUGCAUAUAAGUAAAGUAAUUAAUAGUUCUUAAAUUAUAGUGGAAAAAUAAUUAGACGAAAAACUUUAUUAGCAAGGCCUAAACAAAAUAAUGAGUAUUUCUGAUUCUGAUCUGAUAUUCACUCGACCUAGAAGUAAUGCAAGUGUAUUUAAAAAAAAAGAUGUACCUAUUGAGUAAACAGAAAUAUUUAAAAAAAAGUUGAAAGAGGAGUUAGAUUUAAAAUUAAAAAGUGCUUUAAUGUCUUAAUAGAAUAAUUCAGAUAUUUUAAAAUAGAAGCAACUUUAAAUUAAUGAUUAUGAACAAAAAUUGUAAAAUAUUAAUGAAGAAUAUCAAAAAUUGAAAUAUGAAACAAACGAAUAAAAAAAAAAAAUCGAUCUGCUAAAUUUUAAAAACAAGGAGCUUGAAAUUUAAAAUGAUAAAGACAAGCUUGAAUUGCUUGAAGUAUAAAAAAUAUUAGACUAAUACAAAGUAAAAGUUUUUAAAAGUGAAGAAUAAUAAAAUAGUCUGAAAGAUUAAAUAAAUAAUUUAGAAGAAACUGUUGAUUAAUAAUAAAAAGACAUUCGAAAUUUGAACGAAAAAUGUAUUUAAUAAAGCAAACAAAUGGAGGAUCAAGCGAAAAUAUCUAAAUAAGAAAUAGAUAAAUUAAUUGAUCGAAAUGAUAAUAAAUAAUUGAAAUUAGAUUAAGCUUUAAUUGAUAUAUAACAUCUAACAACAGAUUAUAAAAUGGCAAAAAUAAAUAAUGAGACAAUAAUAAAAAAUUUAAAUGAGAAAAACAUAUAAUUACAAAAUUAAAAUGAAAUAUAUUUAAAAAUAAAAGAAUAAUAAGAAUAAGAAUUGAAAAGUAUUCAUGAUAUUAAUAUUCAAAUGGAAUAAACAUUAUAAGCUGUAAUGAAAAAUUAUACUGAUAUUGAAAUAAAAUGUUCAAAUAUAGAAGGGGAAAGCAAAUUAGUUGAGUAAAAAAAUGAAGAGCUACAAUAAAAAAUUUAAAAGAAAAAACAACAAAAAAGAGUUUUAAAAGAGAUAAAUGAGUAAAAAGAGGUAAAAAUCGUUGAAAAUUAAAAGUAAUUAAAUAUUUACAAAGAUUUAUUAUUAAAAUAAGAAGAAGAAAUAAACUUGUAUAAACAAAACAUUGAGAAAGAAUCAAAAGAGUUUAUGUUGUAGUACAACAAUUGCGAAUAAGAUCGAAAUUAAAAAAUUGAAGAAUGCAAUUAAAUGAAACUAGUAAUCACUGAGUUAGAAUUAAGUAAGGGAGAUUUGAAUCGAUAAAAAGAGCAACUUGACAAAGAGAUCGAAGAACUGAAAGUGCAAUUUAGUAAUUAGAAUCAGGAGAAAUAGUAGAAAAUAAAUAAUCUAGAGGAAGAGACAUUAAAAAAAGAAAAAGAAAGUGAAAAACUGAGAUUCGAGUUAGAUGUGAUAAAGAAAGAAAAAGAGCAUUAAGUAGCAUCGCUUAAGGAAGAUCUUACGGAAAGUAACAAUAAGCUUCAUCAAAUUUAAAAUGAAUUGUAAUCGCUUUAAGAAUAAUUUAAACAGCAUUAGAUUUCUGUGAAUGCUUCAUAAUCAGAAGCUCACAUUUUGUACUAAGAGUUACAAUUAAAAUACAACAAUUGCGAAUAAGAUCGAAAUUAAAAAAUUGAAGAAUGCAAUUAAAUGAAACUAGUAAUCACUGAGUUAGAAUUAAGUAAGGGAGAUUUGAAUCGAUAAAAAGAGCAACUUGACAAAGAGAUCGAAGAACUGAAAGUGCAAUUUAGUAAUUAGAAUCAGGAGAAAUAGUAGAAAAUAAAUAAUCUAGAGGAAGAGACAUUAAAAAAAGAAAAAGAAAGUGAAAAACUGAGAUUCGAGUUAGAUGUGAUAAAGAAAGAAAAAGAGCAUUAAGUAGCAUCGCUUAAGGAAGAUCUUACGGAAAGUAACAAUAAGCUUCAUCAAAUUUAAAAUGAAUUGUAAUCGCUUUAAGAAUAAUUUAAACAGCAUUAGAUUUCUGUGAAUGCUUCAUAAUCAGAAGCUCACAUUUUGUACUAAGAGUUACAAUUAAAAUACAACAAUUGCGAAUAAGAUCGAAAUUAAAAAAUUGAAGAAUGCAAUUAAAUGAAACUAGUAAUCACUGAGUUAGAAUUAAGUAAGGGAGAUUUGAAUCGAUAAAAAGAGCAACUUGACAAAGAGAUCGAAGAACUGAAAGUGCAAUUUAGUAAUUAGAAUCAGGAGAAAUAGUAGAAAAUAAAUAAUCUAGAGGAAGAGACAUUAAAAAAAGAAAAAGAAAGUGAAAAACUGAGAUUCGAGUUAGAUGUGAUAAAGAAAGAAAAAGAGCAUUAAGUAGCAUCGCUUAAGGAAGAUCUUACGGAAAGUAACAAUAAGCUUCAUCAAAUUUAAAAUGAAUUGUAAUCGCUUUAAGAAUAAUUUAAACAGCAUUAGAUUUCUGUGAAUGCUUCAUAAUCAGAAGCUCACAUUUUGUACUAAGAGUUACAAUUAAAAUACAACAAUUGCGAAUAAGAUCGAAAUUAAAAAAUUGAAGAAUGCAAUUAAAUGAAACUAGUAAUCACUGAGUUAGAAUUAAGUAAGGGAGAUUUGAAUCGAUAAAAAGAGCAACUUGACAAAGAGAUCGAAGAACUGAAAGUGCAAUUUAGUAAUUAGAAUCAGGAGAAAUAGUAGAAAAUAAAUAAUCUAGAGGAAGAGACAUUAAAAAAAGAAAAAGAAAGUGAAAAACUGAGAUUCGAGUUAGAUGUGAUAAAGAAAGAAAAAGAGCAUUAAGUAGCAUCGCUUAAGGAAGAUCUUACGGAAAGUAACAAUAAGCUUCAUCAAAUUUAAAAUGAAUUGUAAUCGCUUUAAGAAUAAUUUAAACAGCAUUAGAUUUCUGUGAAUGCUUCAUAAUCAGAAGCUCACAUUUUGUACUAAGAGUUACAAUUAAAAUACAACAAUUGCGAAUAAGAUCGAAAUUAAAAAAUUGAAGAAUGCAAUUAAAUGAAACUAGUAAUCACUGAGUUAGAAUUAAGUAAGGGAGAUUUGAAUCGAUAAAAAGAGCAACUUGACAAAGAGAUCGAAGAACUGAAAGUGCAAUUUAGUAAUUAGAAUCAGGAGAAAUAGUAGAAAAUAAAUAAUCUAGAGGAAGAGACAUUAAAAAAAGAAAAAGAAAGUGAAAAACUGAGAUUCGAGUUAGAUGUGAUAAAGAAAGAAAAAGAGCAUUAAGUAGCAUCGCUUAAGGAAGAUCUUACGGAAAGUAACAAUAAGCUUCAUCAAAUUUAAAAUGAAUUGUAAUCGCUUUAAGAAUAAUUUAAACAGCAUUAGAUUUCUGUGAAUGCUUCAUAAUCAGAAGCUCACAUUUUGUACUAAGAGUUACAAUUAAAAUACAACAAUUGCGAAUAAGAUCGAAAUUAAAAAAUUGAAGAAUGCAAUUAAAUGAAACUAGUAAUCACUGAGUUAGAAUUAAGUAAGGGAGAUUUGAAUCGAUAAAAAGAGCAACUUGACAAAGAGAUCGAAGAACUGAAAGUGCAAUUUAGUAAUUAGAAUCAGGAGAAAUAGUAGAAAAUAAAUAAUCUAGAGGAAGAGACAUUAAAAAAAGAAAAAGAAAGUGAAAAACUGAGAUUCGAGUUAGAUGUGAUAAAGAAAGAAAAAGAGCAUUAAGUAGCAUCGCUUAAGGAAGAUCUUACGGAAAGUAACAAUAAGCUUCAUCAAAUUUAAAAUGAAUUGUAAUCGCUUUAAGAAUAAUUUAAACAGCAUUAGAUUUCUGUGAAUGCUUCAUAAUCAGAAGCUCACAUUUUGUACUAAGAGUUACAAUUAAAAUACAACAAUUGCGAAUAAGAUCGAAAUUAAAAAAUUGAAGAAUGCAAUUAAAUGAAACUAGUAAUCACUGAGUUAGAAUUAAGUAAGGGAGAUUUGAAUCGAUAAAAAGAGCAACUUGACAAAGAGAUCGAAGAACUGAAAGUGCAAUUUAGUAAUUAGAAUCAGGAGAAAUAGUAGAAAAUAAAUAAUCUAGAGGAAGAGACAUUAAAAAAAGAAAAAGAAAGUGAAAAACUGAGAUUCGAGUUAGAUGUGAUAAAGAAAGAAAAAGAGCAUUAAGUAGCAUCGCUUAAGGAAGAUCUUACGGAAAGUAACAAUAAGCUUCAUCAAAUUUAAAAUGAAUUGUAAUCGCUUUAAGAAUAAUUUAAACAGCAUUAGAUUUCUGUGAAUGCUUCAUAAUCAGAAGCUCACAUUUUAUAUUAAUAAUUACUUAAUGAAUAAAAUCAAAAAGAAAAAGGUUAUUAAUCCGAAUUAGCUUUACUAUCUCGCUAAAUUAAUGAUUUAACUAUCAAACUCGAAUAAUUUAAUUCAGAUAACUAAAAACUCAAUUAUUAAUUGUAAUAAUAAACUAUUAUAUAAUCAAAUUAGAAUUCAUAAUAUAUAAAUUUUUACAUAUCUGACUAACUUUCAAUCAUAACAUUUGAAUCCAUAAUUAGUAAUCUUUAAAAUUAGAUAAAUCUUUUAUCUUAACAGUUGUAAAAUUAACAAACUGAAAAUUUAAAAAUAAUAAAUGAAUUAUCUAAUAACCUUUCCUAAAAAUCUUAAUAAUGCUUAACAUUAUCAUAACUAAACGAUGAAGUUAAUCAGGAUCUAUUGAAAUUAUAAGCAAAUUCUAAAGAUGAAACAACCACAAUUUACUAUCUAAAGAAUCAAAUUAAUUUAAAAGAUUAGUAAAUUAAUCAACUUUAAGUUUAAUAUUAAGAAUUUGAAUCUUAACAAAAUCAAAGUUUGUAAGAUUUAUAAGAUUUGAAAGUUUUGUUUGAGUAAAUAUAAAAAGAGAAAAUUUAACUUGAAAAUCAUUUAUCAGAAUAAUAUUUGCUUGUAAAAUAAUCUCAUACUUAGUAUGAUUUAUCAUAGAAGGAAUUAAUUGAAUGUAAGAUAGAAAUUAAAAAAUUAAGAGAUUAAAUUUCUUAAACUUCGGAUUAUGGUUAGGAAUUAAUUAAUUUUUAAGAGACAAUUUAAAGAAAAGAUGGAGAAAUUGAAGAAAUAGUUAAGAGUCUUUAAGAAUUAAAAUUGACCAUGUAAAAUGAAAAAUCAGAGCUAUAAGAAUAAUAGUAUUUAAUUUAUUUAUUUUAGAAAUUUCAUUAAGGAAAUUCUAAAACUACUUAUUAAACAAUCUGAUGAAUUAAAGCAAAUUCAUGAAGAAAAAAUAGAAAAUCAAAUCCAACUUGAUAAUGAUGAUCUAGAUUAAUUAAAGUAUUAAAUAAAAUUAUAUGAUAGGACUCUUAUUAUGAUAUAAAUAAAUAAUUUGAAUAGGGAGAUAGAAAAAUUGAUUAAUAAUUAGAGAGAAUAAUAAUUGGUAAUUUCAGAAUCAAUGCAAUAAAUAUUUUAAUUAAAAUAAAAAAUAAAGGAAAGCUAAGAUCAUAUCGAAAAACUUGAGUUAAAUGUCUCUAAUAUUAAUGAAAAAAUUGAUGAACACAAAAAGGCCGCAUUAACACAAGAUGGAAUUAUAAAAUAACAAAAUUAAGAAAUGGAUUAAUUGAAAAAAGAUUAUCAAAAUUAGAUAAACCAAGUUUAAUAAGCAUUGAAUAGAAGAGAAUAAGAAUUAAAGUCUUUAAAGUAAUUCUCAUUUAUAUGAUUCUAGUGAGUAAUAUAAUUUGCUGUUUUAAGAUUAAGUUAAAAAAAACGAAGAAUUAAAUAGUUUGAAGAAACAAUAUGAUGACUUCAUGAGUGAUUUAGACAAAAUGACCCCAACUCGGUCUCCUUCAAAUUCUAUCACCCAAAAACCUAAUCAAAUUGAUUAAUACUAGUAAUAUUUCAUCCUUGUAAUUAAAAUUUUUAAUGUAGACUGCUCAAGCUGUAGCUCUAAGUAGUGCUGACCCUUUGGCUGCUGCAGAGGUUAAAUUAAAAAACUUCUAUUAAGAAGUCAAAAAUCGUAAUUUGCCUUUCCAUCAAGUAUAUUUUAUAAUUAUCAAAGUGGCAUCCUUGGCUAUAAUUAAAAUUAAAGGAAGAACUCUCUAAAAAUAGGAAAUGGUGA